UCACGUGACGGAGUGAUGGGGACGACGCUGGACGUGAGGGUGAAACGCGCCGGGAAAGUCUAUCGGGAUGGGGAAAUCCUUUCUGGGGUGGUGGUGAUAACCAGCAAGGACACGGUGCAGCACCAGGGGAUCUCCUUAACCAUGGAGGGCUCGGUGAAUCUGCAGCUCAGUGCCAAAAAUGUGGGGGUGUUUGAGGCCUUCUGCAACACUGCCAAGCCCAUUCAGAUCAUCAGCAGCACCAUUGAGAUGGUGAAACCAGGGAAGCUCCCCAGUGGCAAAACAGAAAUUCCCUUUGAAUUCCCGCUGCAGAUGAAGGGCAACAAGGUUCUGUAUGAGACAUACCAUGGAGUCUUUGUCAACAUCCAGUACACCCUGCGCUGUGACAUGAGGCGUUCCCUGCUGGCAAAGGACCUGACCAAGACCUGUGAGUUCAUUGUCCACUCCCUGUCACAGAAAGGGAAGCUGCUGCCCAGCCCUGUGGACUUCACCAUUACUCCUGAAACUCUGCAAAAUGUCAAAGAGAGAGCCUCCCUGCCCAAGUUCCUGAUCCGAGGGCACCUGAACUCCACCAACUGCGUGAUCACGCAGCCGCUGACGGGGGAGCUGCAGGUGGAGAGCGCCGAGGCGGCCGUCAGGAGCAUCGAGCUGCAGCUCGUGCGUGUGGAGACCUGCGGGUGUGCUGAGGGCUAUGCCAGGGAUGCCACGGAGAUCCAGAACAUCCAGAUCGCCGACGGCGACGUCUGCAGGGGCCUCCCCAUCCCCAUCCACAUGGUGUUCCCCAGGCUCUUCACCUGCCCCACCCUGGAGACCACCAACUUCAAAGUGGAGUUUGAAGUGAACAUCGUGGUGCUCCUGCACGACGACCACCUCAUCACAGAGAACUUCCCCCUGAAGCUCUGCAGGAUGUGAGCAGCCACAGGAGCGGCAGGAAGGAUUUCCUGGGAAUUCCUCUGAGGGAAAGUGGAACUUUGUCCAUGCCCGACUUCAGCUGGGGCCACCUCACUCCUUUCUUGUGCUUCCUCUCCCUGCUAACCUGACCAAGACUUUGCCUCGCUGCAGUUCCCAAUCCUGCUGCCUUCAACAAUCAUGUUUUCCCCAGAUUUUUUUUUUCAGGAAAAUCCUGAAGGAAUCAUUCUGGAGCUUUCUACAGCUUGUAGAAGUAAUGGAGCAAGUUCCUCUCUUGGCUUAAUUUUGUAAUAUUUGUUCUAAAGUCCUUUGAAGCCCCCUUAAAACUCAUAAAUCCCAUUCCAGCCGUACUGGGAGGGUGUGGGAAUUGUGACAGAAUGAGAAAUAAGGUCUUUGAAGGUCUAAAAAAUGGUGCUGCAGCUCUGGAAGGUGGUGCUGUGGGAUCUGGCCCAGGGUGGAUGGGAAAUGAGUGAUUUCAAAUCACACCAAGGAAAU